AUGAAGCUCAGCUCUUUUCUGGCCACCGGCCUCCUGACGGCCUCCGCCCUGGCCCACAACGAGAUCCUCUCCCGCUCCGAGAUCUCUCGUCGCGAUGCCAUGGCGAAGCGCUGCGCUGGGCAGACUGCCCAGUUCCACAAGAAGAGACAGGCCAAGCGCAUGGCCAAGCGCGCGGCCGAGUUGGAGGCGCGCGCUGGCAACUCCAGUGUCGUGAUCAACACUGAGGGUGUCUACUACGACAGCAUCCAGAACAACACCUGCGUCCUGACCCCUGAGGUCACCGAGGGCCCCUACGUCUGGCCUCGCUCGCAGACUCUGCGCAUGGACAUGACUGAGGGCGAGGUCGGCGUCCCCCUGACGCUCGAUGUCGGCAUCCUCGACAUGGCCACCUGCGAGCCACUCCCUGAUGCUCUCGUCUCGUUCUGGCACUGCAACGCGACCGGCAGCUACUCGUCAUUCACGCACCUGAGCCCGAACACGCGGUUCGAGGAGCUUCUCAACCAGUUGAACAUUACCGACUUCGAGAUCGGCGUCACUGACCUCCACACCGACGACACCACCUUCCUCAGAGGCAUGUGGCCCACCAACUCCGAGGGCAUUAUGGAGAUGCAGACCAUCUUCCCCGGCUUCUACGUCGAGCGUGCUAUCCAUAUCCACACCCAGGUCUUCACUGACUGGUCCGUCCGCGCCAACGGCACCGUCAGCUCCGGCAACCUCAUCAACACCGGCCAGAUCUACUUCGACGAGGACGUCUCCGCUCAGAUCAUGGCCCUUGAGCCCUACGUCUCUCACACUCAGAUCAACCGCACCAAAAACGUCGAGGACUCUCAGAGCCUGUUCGACCAGAGCACGAUCGGCGGCUACAGCCCCAUCAUCGAGGUCGUUCCCUUGGACGGCGAGAACAUCGAGAACGGAAUGGUCGGCUACAUUACCAUGGGUGUCGACACUUCUGCUCUGGAGAGCUAA